GGCGUGUGAGUUGUCAGUCAGCCCCCUGGGGCUUUCCUGGGGAAGGAGAAGAAGCGGGAUAAAACAUUUGUGAAGAGAAGAGAGCACCGUGCGUGUCCCUUGACUCUCCCCGCAUAAUCGCGGCCUCCUCGUCCUCACGCAGCCCAGCUUCCCCGGCGGCCACUCGGAUUCCCGCCUCAGCGUCGGCGGGCGAGGCGGGGCGGAGAGGUUCGUGUAGUAGGCCGCAGGCGGUCGCCAUGGCAACCCCGAGGCAGGGCCUGUGAGGCCUUGGCGGGGCCGGGCCUCACUCCGCGGCCCCGCCUCCAGCCGGUAGGAGGGCGGGACUAGCUCGGCCCAAGGUGGCGGCGGCGGGCAGUACUGGCUGGUGGCAGCUCCGUUUCUUCCGAGUCAAGCGCCCUCCGGUCCCGCGAUCGGACCUAGGCAGCCGAAGGCUUGCAGUAGCGCCGCUCACCAUGGCUCCCGCCGGCGACAGGCCAGGUUACUGGGGUCCACCGACAUCCACCCUCGAUUGGUGCGAGGACAAUUAUGUCGUCUCUUAUUACAUCGCCGAGUUCUGGAAUACCCUCAGUAACCUGAUUUUCAUUCUACCUCCAAUCUAUGGUGCAAUUCAAAGUUAUAAAGAUGGCCUUGAAAAGCGGUAUAUAGCAGCUUAUUUGUGCCUCACAGCUGUGGGUUUGGGCUCCUGGUGCUUUCACAUGACGCUGAAGUAUGAAAUGCAGCUGUUGGAUGAAUUGCCAAUGAUCUACAGUUGUUGCAUGUUUGUCUACUGCCUGUACGAGAGUUUCAAGUACAAGAAAACAAUCAAUUACCCACUCCUGUUUCUACUAAUAGCCUACAGCAUUGUCGUCAGCAUAGUUUACCUAAAUUGGAAACAGCCAGUGUUCCAUCAGGUGAUGUAUGGAGCUCUAGUCGCUGUUUUAGUUCUGCGAUCUGUAUAUAUAGUGUUAUGGGUAUACCCAUGGCUCAGGGGUCUGGGCUAUACAUCCCUGACACUAUUUUUACUGGGAUUUUUUCUCUGGAAUGUAGACAACAUUUUCUGUGACAAACUGAAGGGGUUACGGGAGAGGUUGCCUCCAGUUGUGGGCGUCUUGACACAGUUACACGCUUGGUGGCACAUCCUGACAGGCCUCGGCUCCUAUCUUCACAUCUUGUUCAGUUUGUACUCAAGGACGCUUUACCUGAAGUACAGGCCAAAAGUGAAGUUUCUCUUUGGAAUUUGGCCAAUUCUCUUAAUAGAAUCGAUCAAGAAGCCAUGAUGAGGAUAUCUAUCCCAAACCAAGAAGACACCGACCCUGGAUGCAUAAGGCGAUUCUGCAACCAUUUUGAUUGACGCGUUGGAAGUUCUUGGAGCCGCCAAGGGACUUCUUAAAUUUCCCUCUACUCCUGGAGCUGCAGAAAAUCAUGUAGAACCAAGAGCCGAUACAUCUGUGGAAACCAUAAUUAGAGGUCUCUUUCCCCCCUGCCCCCGCCCCCCAGUGUCAAGACAAAAUGAGGGCAAUAUUUUUGUGUAUCUGUUACGUUGCUGGAGAGACUGGGCUGGUGUCUUGUGCUGGCUGCAGAAAAACUGCUCGCUCUCCUUCUGAAAGCAGGUUGCCAAGUUUUGGGUUGGCUGGUCAGGCUUUUUUCAUCUCUGGCGGAAACUAAUGUUUGUAACUGAAUUGUGGGAAACAUCAGAGCCAAAUGAGGUUGGGUGAGCCAUUUGGUGUCCGGGGGACUCAGUCUUUUAAAAGUGCAUUCUGCAUGUCCGUUGGUAUAUCUUGGUGGUCUUGGAGCUUUAGUCUGUUAUCUUCAUCGAACUGGUUUCUUUAGAGACAUGCAAAAAAUAAUAAUAAUAAUUAAGAGGUGAUGGAGGAGGGGUGCUGUUGUGUGAACAGGGCAGUGCAUCCAUUUUCUGUCCAGAACUGAGCUUGUUAAUCCGGGCUGCUCACGUAUAUUCUGUGUGCAGAAGAGUAGCAUCCCAUGAAUGUUAAAACAUUCUAUUGUGUCUGAAAAACUCUCCCCUUGAAGGGAAGGUUGUCUGUUUCUCCAGCCCAUCUCCACAAGCCACCCAAGCAGUUAUGUGGUGUGCCUGUGAAACAGUAUUAGUAGGAGCGAUGGGACCUAGGAUCCCUUAUUGUGUGUGUGUGUGGGGUGGGGGGAGGAUCUGGGAGAUGCUUCUCUUGCCUUGCUGUGUAGUUGCUGGGGGCUGCUGACUGUCUGGGGCCAACCUGGAGGCUACAUUGGCAGGAAAGACCCAAAGUGCAAUGCUCUCUGCACAUAUGCCCCAGUACGGCCGCACAUCAAAGGGACAAACCUGCCUUAGCCGCACAGACUUGUGGUGUGGACCCCGGAAGGGGGCUUGCUCCCUUGUCCUAAACAGCAACUUCAGAGUAUCCAGGGGCCACUUCUUACAUGCACACACGCUGUUGAUUUAACAAAGCAAAGCCGCCAAAUAAGGUGGAAGCCCAUUGUGUGUUUGCCCAUUAUAUUUCUGUUUUGUUAAACAACUGUAAAUGCAUACUGUUCUUUUUAACAGGAUCCUUCUGAGAUCCAGAUAAUCCUUGUAUGGACUGGUGUGUGCAGCUUUACAGAUUCUCACUCUCCAUGUAUAUGUAUUCAGAGAGCAUUUUUUAAAGCUGCAAACAGUAAUCAGAGUACCAACUGCAUGCCGUUGAACAUGCAGGUCACGCACCUGUGCCACUGUCUCUCAGCCUACCCCACCUCACAGGGCUGUUGUGAGGGUAAAACUUGGCGGGGCACGUGUGGCACUCUGAGCUCCUUGGAGGAUAAAAAUAGAGGAAAUCCAGCGCUCUUUACAAAUAAAUAUCCCCCCCCGCCCCCUUGGCUGCUACUCCUGAGUGUCUAAGAAAGGGCAGGGAGCACAAAGCCAAAAGUGGCAGCCAAGGAGAGAUCAGUUCUGAGGUGGCUUACUUUUUAGAAAGCUCAGCCCAAGCUUAAUCCUACCAAUGUGCAGCCUGCAGCACUUGAUGGAGGGUCUGUGUGCUUUACAUCCCUAAGAAAAGCAGGAAUUUGCCCUGGGUUAUUUCUUUCCAUGCAAGAGGCUUAGAAUUAGGCUGUGGGUCUCCUCACGGGUGAUGACAAGAAUGUGAUUAUGAUUGUAUAAAUUGCUUUUUUCUUCCAAGCGCUGUUUGCACUUAUAUGGACUUCAUCUAAGUCGCAGGCCUUGACUGAGCGAAGCAGCGUGUCCAGUCUUUAGGCCCAUGCUAAGCUGAAUGAAAUGCACAGAUGCCCAGAAUGUCCGGUCCAGCCUGCCAAGCGUACCCUUUAAGCCGAGGUCUUGAGAAUCAGUCGGAUUCUGAUUCCCAAGUGGCUGGGGGAAGAUGGGCGCUGUAGUCCAGCAACAUUUGGGGGCCCAAGGUUGGGAACCCCUGCUUAGCCCAGCCUGCCUCUGUUUGGAUUGCCAACUUGUGACUCGUAGCAAUGAAACAUUUAAUACAUGGUUUUGAUGUCUUCAUUUGGAAUACUUGCUGCCUCACUGUCUCAGUUUAGACCACCACUUUUGGAACCAGAGAAUCGCACAGGAUGAGAUUCUUUCCCCCUCUGUAUUCAUGAGAUUGGAAGAGCCUCGUAAGCAAACACCCAUGUGCUAUGGAUUCAAAGUGGCUGCACCCUGACAUGUAUUGUUUCCGAUCCUUCUAGCAUGCAGAGUUGUAUUCACAAGACCGUUUCCCCACAUGAAUCGUGUGAGGAAAACUCACCUUGUGGUGGUUCUCCAUCUUUUUAAAAAACCCAUGCAAAUUAGCCCCUUUCCCUUGUGUUCCUACCUACGACAUCUGGUGGUGUGCCAUGCCUGCACUCCAUUACAGGUCAACAGAUCAGAACGGGGCCUUGCAGUUCUUACCUGCCAGGUUGCCAUCAAAGAAUGGAGUUUGUCCCCUCAAUGAACUCCAUCCAGUAGAGAAAGAGAACCGCCACCCCCCACUUCACUGUCUUUAUUUGCAAGAUUGAUUUAAUGGCAUCAGCUUGGCAGUGUUUAAUGAAGGCCUGCUUCAGAUGCCAUGCUCAACCAUAGCUUAAUGUUAAGAGAACAUGGCACAACUGCUAUUGGUUAAGCUAUGACUGGUACAAACCACCGUUUCCCAUAGGUCAGGGGUUCUCGAAACAUUUUGAUACUGUAAACCUCCUAAAAUAAUGUAUAAAGUUACAUGACUCCCCCUGUGAGAUACAAAUCUCAAAUGCAAUGUGAUUCAAUCAUGUUAUCAGUGAUGCAAAACAUGUAUUAAACUUUUCUGCCACCAAAAUCCACACUGAGAGCAGGUACAGCAGUGCUUCUUUGGCUGACGCAUCAGAAGAGAGGAAGGGGUGUGUGUGUGUGUGUGUGUGUAUAGAAGAGAGAGAGAGCGCGCGCAUGCACGCAUAAGCAGGGAAGUCUGUAUUUUAGCAAAACACAACAUUGCUCAUUGACUUCCAAGUAGACAUGUAUAGGAUUCCACUGUAUUAUAAUAUUGAUUGAGUGCCAUCAAGUCGGUGUCAAUUCUUAGCGACCACAUAGAUAGAUUCUCUCCAGGAUGAUCUGUCUUCAACUUGGCCUCUAAGGUCUCUCAGUGGUGCAUGCAUUGCUGUCGUAAUUGAGUCCAUCCAUCUUGCUGCUGGUCAUUCCGUUCUUCUCUUUCCUUCAACUUUUCCCAGCAUUAUAGACUUCUCAAGGGAGCUGGGUCUUCACAAAAUGUGUCGAAAGGAUGAUAGUUUGAGCCUGGUCAUUUGUGCCUCAAGUGAAAUUCUGGAUUGAUUUGUAUGAUCUGUUGGUUUGUUUUCCUGGCGGUCCAUGGUAUCCUCAAAAGUCUUCUCCAGCACCAAAGUGCAAAAGUGUCAAUGCUUUUUCUAUCUUGCUUCUUCAAAGUCCAGCUUCUGUCACAGGAAAAACCAUUGUCCGAACAAUUCUAAUCUUUGUAGUACAGACACGUCAUGGCAUCUAAAUAUCCUUUCCAAGGCCUUCAUUGCAAGCCUGCCAAGUACUAAUCUGACUUCUGGAUCCUUUACUGUUGAUGGUCAAUCCUAAAAGGCAGAAGCAACCCAGAACAUUAAUCUUGGGCAUGAUUGAGUUUAAUUAUCAAAAUUGGGGCUAGAGGCCCAAGCACCUGAGGUGUGUGAAGCUCUUUGCUGCCACCACUCAAAUCUGAUUUGACAGGAUCAGAGGCCAGAAUUUGCCUUAUUUCCCCUCUUGUUUGUGCAGUAGUGUGGAGCAUCACCUCUGGUGUUGUGGGAGAGGAAAUAAAAGUAUUCUUGAACCACAGUUUCCACAAAAUAACAGGCUUUAUUUGCUUUAACAAAAGUUCCUUAAGUGUGAUGGUUACAAGUACUAGAUGUACAUCAGCGUAGUGGUUUCAAGAUGGUGUCAUAAUUAUUUUAACUUACAGAGAUGCUAAUCUUCUUGAGAUGGUAAGCAGUUACGGUUCUUUAGUUUCCUUUUCCACUCUGGGGUUCAGGUGCCUCACUUGGUUAAGUCCCUUCUUGUGCAUCUUCCUCCUGAACAGGUACUGCCUGUCCUAUGGAGAGCAGAUUCACCCCUGCAUCCACCUAAGCCCCACUUCUCUCUUCUCCCCUGUUGGCAAAACAGGAAGCUGCCAUAUGCCAAGUCAGACCAUUGGUCCAUCUAACCCAGUACUGGAAGUGACUUCUCCAAGAUUACAGGCAGGAUUUUCUCUCAGCCUUAUCUUGGAGAUGGCAGGAAAUCUGGGACCUUCAGCGUGGAAGCAUGCAGGUGCUCUUCCCAGAACGGCCCCAUCCCCUAAGGGGAAUACAGUGCUCACACCUGUAGUCUCCUCUUCAAAUGCUUAUCAAAGGGAUCAAUUCGCUCUUGCUACCACGAGACCAGCUCUCCUCCCAGAGAACCCUUUUUCUCACCAAGCCUCCAGCUCACCUUUUCUCCUCUGUCAACUUUGUGUUUUUCUCCCUCUCACUACUCUCUCCUGCGUUCUGAGCAGGGAUUCUUUGUCCUUGCAGGGAUCUCAUUACUGCUGCUGUCAGUCAACCUCCUGCACAUACCUACACUAACAGUUUAUACCUCUACAGUAUUAAGACGCACAUUAAACAACACAAUAAAUAAAUUCAACAGCCAACACUAAAAAAUGCAACCCAUCACACUGAGGUGUCGCCAGCCAAUGUCUGCAAGGUGUACAGAUGGUUGGAGAGGUAGGCUCCUUUGCUGCUGUCAAAGCCCAAGCACCACUGUUUCUUCUGCUGACGGGCUGGAAGAAGGGUCCCUCUCAGGAGAUGAGCUGUCAUGAAAGCUCAUCUCCUGAAAAGCUAUACUCUCCUGGCCCCUCGAUCAAGAAGUGCUGUUGCUCUUCUGCGACAUCUCUAAGAAAGCACAUCCUCGUUGGGGAGACAGCAGGAGUCAACAGCCUCCCUUGUGCCUGCAAAGCCACACUCUUUCUUCUGCUGGCGGGCCAGGAGAGAAUUCUCUGCUAGGAGCUUUUUGCUGCUUCCGGUGAAGUCCCUGCCUCCCUGACCCCCUUUCAAGUUGCUGGCAACCCCCUGGUGGGUCCCAACCCCCGCUUUGAGAACCCCUGCCGUAUGCCACCAGAGUGGGAAACUGUGGUUUUUUACGAACUUCAGGAAUGCUGUUCACAAAGGAGGGGGAAAUGUGUAAGUGUAAUUCGCAGCAACUUUAGAGUUAUAUCAUAACCAGGCCGAAAUGUGUUCCUAGUUCCCUUGGAAUCUGAUUCUGCAGACUCCCAACACAGAACGUGGAGAGUGCCAAUACGCAUCUUUAUUGUAUGCAGCUUAUGGUGGUUAGAACAGCAAGAGAAGAGGCUUCUUUCUGUAACUCACCCAGGACUCUUGAUGCCUUAUACGCCCUUGUCCACACCCUCCAUACAGGCAUCUUCAUCAAAGAGAACUAGAACUUUUGCUUACAGCUGUUCAUGAAAAGCCUUCUGAUGCAGACUUGGUUGAACUGCAUAAACGUUUUCAAUUCUGUAGAUUUUUCUUCCAAAGGGAGCAUUUAAAGUGAGCAGGUCUUGACAUUAUUUUUGACACUGUGGCACAAGGAGUUGUAAAGAUAAACUCAAUACAAUUGGCUUAUGUACAGCUGAACCUGACUGCAGCAAGUAAAAAACAUUGACCCCAAUAUAACCCACACUGCACUUGCCUCCACCGCCCCCCCCCCCCCCCGCACCACCUGUUGCACAAACUACCUACAAUUUUUCUCAAUUCUGAUACAUUUGCAGCAUUUGUGGAAAUAAUAAAUGACCGUUAUAUCCAAAGUCAUGAGGACUAGAAUGUUGCUUUCUUUGAAAAGGCCUUUUCGGGAAUACAGAUUCUGCACUAGAUUAUGUGCAUGUGAGGAAAGCCAAAAGGCGAAUAGCCCUCCAUAUAUUUUUGUCUAAGUAGCUUUUUAGAAAGGCUGCCAUCUCUGCACCCGAAAACACUUUCACUUUUCUUAUUAUCAUGGAAGGGACCAAAAGGCUGAGAUAUUUUUCCCCUUCCCUCCCUACUCAUCCGGAGUUCUUCAUUUUCCAAUCUUGCUUCUUUAAAUGUGUACAUAUGUUGAGGAGGUGAAGCCAUCAGUUUCUGGCAAAAUUAAGAGUUCUUGACUUGCAUCUCUUUUAUACUGUGCGAGUGAUUUAAUAAUGAGAAAACUUUGGUAUGGAGAGGCAGGACUGGCCAAACCAUGUGCCAAUCACUGUGGGAGUGCCAGUAUUUGAGGGAGGCGGGGGCAGUGAAACAGCAUGCAAUCCAAGAAGCAUGCCUCUGUGGGUAUCCUGGACCACUCCCCUUGGAGCAUAUGGUGCAGCUUUGUGGUGUGCAGGAGGAGGCAAAAGGGGCAACCCAAGACCUCCUGCCGACAACCAUUGCAGACUAGAUGAUAAUGGACUGUAACUUGCAGCAUCCUCCAAACUGAGUGUGUGCCUGCACAAGGGUAGGAAUAUGCCCUGGAGGAUGAUGGGAGUUGUAGUCUAUUAUCUAGGGACCCAUGUUUGAACAAUCCUGCCAGAGAGAGAGAGAGAAAUAGGAUGUGGAUUGCACACAAAGGGAAUGAGUGGCUGUUAACACCUCUCUACAGGAGCAAGAAAAGUCUGGGUUUAUCUUGAGAAAUAAACUCCUGCCUGUUUCUUCUGGCGGCAUCUGGUGGGCCACUGUGCAAAACAGGAUGCUGGGCUAGAUGGGCCUGAUCUAGCAGGGCUGUUCUUAUGUUCUUAACCCUGAGAAAAUGGCUCAAUGCUUUCCAAACAGUUGCCACAGGAUAACUGCAAAGGCAUGAAUAAAUGUAACCUGUCUCCACAGAUGGUGGGCUUCUCCGAGGGCAGGCCACCCUUUCUCUAAACGUAAAUCUUUUGGGGGAUGAUAAACAAAAUCGCCAGACUUUCGAUGGGAGCAAUAGAUCUGCCAACUAGAGAGGGCUCCAUUGGAAAAGAGUUCUCUCGACCCGCAGAUCUACUGAUCGAUGUGAUGUCUAUCCAGACAUUGCAUGGACCAUUGUGAAGAAAGUUUGCUUUUCUUAUGGAGCGACCUAUUUCCCCCCCUUCAUCCAGUUCAGAAGUGGAGUACUUAACUUUGGAUCAACUCCCUCUUUGCCGUGAAUGUCUUUCCAGUGUGGCUAUGCCCCCAACUUGUCAAGUUUGUUCCAGAUCACUUUGAAAACUGCCGUUAUAGAAGAAGAAUGUACUUUUUAGACUGUAUGCCUGUCCUGCCUUCUCGCUGUUUUGAAUUACUUAAUGCUGCCAGUUGUGCGAGACUGCCUAUUUGGAAACUUGGGUCUGUUCAUGAAAUGUCAGCUGCCUUCACUGGAGCUUAAAAUGUGUAUUUUUGUACUAGCUGAUACCAUGAGGAGCUUUGCAUCCGAGGUUGCUUGUUACCAGUGUGGGGUGCCUCUCUGAAGGAUAAGCUUUUUGAGAAACCAGAAUUGGCAUUUCCAUGGCUCUGCCAGUUGUUUGCAUAUUCCUGUUAUCAGUUCAUGCAGCCGCAUCUGUGAAAGAGAAACUUCAGACAGUUAAUUUCAGAAGAAAAGGGCUGUUACUCUCUUGUAGCCAAAAUGAGAGGAGAAUCUUGCAGCACCUUAAAGACUAUUUUAUUGUGGCGUGAGCCUUGGAGGGUGGCAAGAAUCUGCUUCAUCAUACUCAAGUCAACAUUUUAUAUUCAAGGAACCUUAUCCAAACUCAAUUUGUGUUGGAAAUCUUCAUUUCAAAUCUCUACCCUGGUCCAUUCUGGACUAAAAUGUCGCAGAGGGAAGGAAUCCCCAUAUGCCAGUGAUAUUGACUCGUUUUCCAGCAGGAGCCACUUUUGGCAAACAAGCAACACCCUUCAGUGCGAGAGUCAUUUCCCAUUGUGCAGAGGGGCCUUGCAGAGAAUUAUUCAGCUUUGGCCAAAGCUUCGCACAGGCCCAAUAAACAAUUGAUCGGGAAGCCACACUUGGGGUGGAUGAGCGGGUCUACCCCCCAGGCCUUACAGUAAAGAGCACUGCCCUAGGCAAAGUGGCCAGGGUCCUGCAGACUUGUGAUUUGUGUCCUGCUGCCGCCACCAGCCGGAUCGUGCAGGCCUUCAGAAAAGGCAUGAAGGUCUUUCCCGAGGAUUAAACAUCCCAUUGCCUCUUGCACUCUCUUUUCAAGGCAACUAGAUAGUGUGUCUGCGUGAGUUACUGCUUGGGGCUCAAUAUUUCUCUUUCGUUAAACCCCAAAUGCAUUUAGGAUACGGCAGUUUCAGACUCAAUAGUAAGCUACUGGUUUCGAGGCGCGUUCUCAUUCUGGAGGUAUUAAUCCAAAUAGGAGAGUCCUCUUCAGAAUCAAAAUAGGAUUCCUCUUUAAGGGGAAAAGAGAACACUCUUUGGAUUCAGAGAACCACUGAUCAGGAAUCUUAAACGUGCCAUGGAGUUGCUGCUUGGAGAACAGUGUCUGUGUGUGCUGCACAGUCUCCGUGCCUUUAGUGGAACAAGGAAUAGAAUCUCCUUCCUUUCUGAGAGGUCAGGCAAGCAUCUUUUUGUUUUUUUGGUGGCUGGGGGGGUGGGGGGUGAGGGCGUGUUAAUGGGUCCAUGUCCUACCUCAGAGCAGACAACCUUAGAUGCAGUGUGUUCUGUGCUUGGAAAUGAAAUCAAAAUGCUGUGUCGAGAAGCUGAAUUCCAUCCUUGUCUUGCAAAAGGUGUGUCCUUGUUUGGCAGAGCCCUGAAAGCUCGCACCACCACCACCCCCGACCACUGGCAUCAUUUGUUGUCCUCCCUGGCUUUUUGCCAGGGACUGUUCGCACUCCUCCAAACCUGCCCUAGGGACUAGAAACUUGCCUUCCUUUUUAAAAAGCUGGAUCCAGCUUUAAGAGAUGCUAAAUGUUGCAUCCCAACACCAAUGCAAUGCUUGUGCCACUGCCCUGGGUGGGUGCCUUUUGGACUCGGUCCCUGCAAACCUAUGGUAGCUGCUUCUUGCCCACAGCCUUGCAUUGCAACGGCCCUUUGGCUGCAGAGGUGAGGGGCAGAAUGCUGUGUCUGUGUCCAGUGGCUAGCGGAAGAAGGGCUACGGAAAGAAUGUGUCCCCCUCUCUCUGUUUCUCUCUUUCCUCCCCAAACCCAGCAAAGAGAGGUUGAUGCUUUUUUCCCCCUUUUCUUUUUUUAAUGUGAAGUUCUAAAUAUUGGUGUGAGGCACUUUGGGACAGAGUGGAAAUAUAUGCAGAUGAAAUAAAUGCUGAAAUGGCUAACAUGGCCUUUCCAGUGAUCACAUCUUGAUUUCAUCAGGUUAGAAGCCACGUGUCUAAGAACAGUUUGUCAUCAUCUCAGGAUGUGGUGACUGAUGAUGUGGUGACCCCAGUUGGAAGGCUUCUAAGACCAGUUUGACCUUUACCGUGUAUCAUUAUGUGGUGGCGAAAAGACCCUUGAUAGGACCCACCACGUUCCAGACUGCAGUCUGUCUCUUCUCUCCCAAACUUGCCUUAAACACCCCCCUUUUCCUCCACUGCUGCUAUUGUACAUAAUCCAACUUAAUGCUCUAACUGCGAAAUGGUCGCCUGUGGUGUAGAAAGACCUCCUCCAGGUGACUAGGCAGAGAUGCUUUUACAAGAUGGUGUUUGCUUUGCAUGUGUUAAGCCACAAAUCUCUGAAGUAGCUAUAUGGGUAGAUAAGCUGUGAGCUCCUCGCAAAACUGGAUCAGCGGUGCAAUCUAGUUCGUUUUUAAUUAAGGACUCGGAAGACUCCUUGUACAUGCCUUGUUCCGUUGGUGACUGUUGUAUUCUCCCCCGCCCCCUUGCAAGUGUGACCUGUUUCCAUAUAUUUUGUGAUGUAUUGGUGUCUUUCAUCAUCCCAGCAAAGCACACAAAUGCUGCCCUUGUCCUUUGAAAACUCUUGCCUUGCUCUCAAAAAGCAACCUGCAUCACUCACAGACUUGUGUGACAGAUUUAGACGUCUAUGGAAUUCUUGGCAAACAGGAUGCGUUAGAUGGCAAGCAGUUUAAAGCAAGCGCAGACAUCUUUGUGUCUUUCAAAGUGAAAGUAUUCAAUAGAGGCCUCCUCUUUAGUUGAUAAGAAUAAGUCUUGGCAGACAAGAGAAUUGUCCAGUGGUGCUCCUAUAAAGGUUUUCUAAUUCUACAAUCAGAAUGUCUUCAAAAAAAAUAAGUGGGUGUGCUCUAAGAUUGGGGUGCUCAAACUUGGGUCUCCAGAUCUUGGACUUCGAUUCUCAUAAUCCCCAGCCAUAAUAGCUAUUGUGGCUGGGGAUUAUGGGAGUUGAGGUCCAGCAACAUCAGGGGACCAAGUUUGAGAACCCCUGCUGUUGGAUAUUCAAGUACUGACGUAACUAGACACGUCCAUGUAAAUAAUUUUAGCAAAGGUGAAAGGGAAGAAACGAGGGAACAGGGACGCUUUUUGCAAAGGGUGCUGUGAGCAGGCAGAGGAGCCACUUGGAAAUGUGAGCAGAAACAUUCACCCAUGGAGUGUUUGCCCAAACUCCACUUGGGCCUGGUUCAGACAAGAGCAGAUGGUAUGCCAAACCGAUUCCUGGACUGUACCAUUUCAGAUUGCACAUAGUUGACUGUAGAGAUUCCCACCCAACAUUUCCCAUGCAGAAAAUAUCAAGUCAUGUGAUGUGAUUCCUCAUCUACAGUCUUAAGUAGCAGAGUCCAGAAGCAAGUUGUUUAUGGGAACUAGGCCCUGGUUCCUGACCUUCUGCCAUUUGCUUUUCUCUCUCCAAAUAUACUUGGGCUCUGUGCUUGCUGCUAAUUUAUCCUUUAUAAUAUAUCCCCCCCUCCUGCCAUAAUAAGGAACUAAUACCUAAACUUCCCACUAGAGGGGGCAUUUCUUGGAUUCUCACAUGUACCCAGAAGUCACUUCUUCAUGGAUGCCAUUUUGCUGCAUUAUUACCACUGUCAUGGGAGCAGAUUCUACCCAGAAGACUUAGCAACCCUUCGGUAUAUUUAAGCACCCAUGUUACGAAGCUCUCUAAGCUGAUCCUGCUUUUUUGUUAAGCCAAAUGAAUGUUGAUUCUUGGGCAUUGUUUUAAUGCACUGAUUUUAAGGUGGUGUUUACUGCUUAACAUGGAAAUUGAUCUAGCCUGCAGUGAGGGACAAGGAAUACCUUGUCAGGUGACCAAAUCUUGUGUUAACACUUUUUGUUCUAGAUCGUUUUCUAAAAUGUUCUCCUUUACAGUUGAAUUUAUUGUUGGCUGUAUCAUGAAAUACCAAGUAACUGUAUAUAAAAGCCAUUGUAUUAAGGAAUGUUUAAGUGUUUUGAUACAAUAUAUAUCAAAAUAUUUCUAUGGGGACCCAUUGUUGACUAAUAAGCUUUAUAUCACACACACACACACACACACACACGUUUUGCAAUAAAGUGGCUUUUUGAGAUAUAAAUAAUGUAUUUAAUCAGUUUGUCCAUACACCAAUAAUUAUGACUUUAUAGCUAAUAAUUAUUAAAAUAUUUUUGUUUCAAAUAAUA